GGCAGAGGAGAGGGAUGUGGCGUUUUGUCAUAACGCGCAUUGGGAGUCGUCGGGGACAGAGGUCCCUGGUGUGUUUUCUCGCUUUCUCUGCCAGCUGGACUAGGCGGCGGAUAUCCCCGAUAAAAUGCAUUCCCUCACGCUUGGGACGUAAAAAAUGAGCAGGUCACCAUGGGUAGGCUGCUUUCCUCAGCAUCGUAACCAGCACCUGAGGCUCCUAGCCACCUGAAUCCAGCACCACCAUGGGGGAGGUGGUCCAGAUGCACUUCACCACGGUGGACUACGUCAUCUUCGUCCUGCUGCUGGUGGCCUCUACCGGCAUCGGCCUCUUCUACGCCUUCUCUGGGGGCCGCCAGCGCACCACCCAGGAGUUUCUGAUGGCCGACCGUUCCAUGAGCUGCCUGCCCGUGUCCCUGUCCCUGCUGGCCACCUUCCAAUCGGCCGUGGCCAUCCUGGGCGCUCCGUCUGAGGUGUACGCGUUUGGGACACAGUACUGGUUCCUGGGCUGCUCCUACUUCUUGGGCCUGCUCAUCCCAGCCCAUGUCUUCAUCCCAAUCUUCUACAGGCUUCGGCUGUCCAGUGCCUACGAGUAUCUGGAACUGCGUUUUAACAAGAUGGUUCGCAUAUGUGGGACUGCGACCUUCAUCUUUCAGAUGGUCAUUUAUAUGGGGGUUGUACUUUAUGCUCCAGCUCUGGCUCUUAAUGCAGUGACAGGUUUUGACCUGUGGGGAGCAGUGUUGGCCAUGGGGUUAGUGAGUACUCUGUAUACUGCUCUGGGGGGGCUGAAGGCAGUGAUCUGGACCGACGUGUUCCAGACCGUGGUGAUGUUUGCGGGGCAGCUGGCUGUCAUCGUGGUGGGAGCCAAUCAGGCUGGAGGGAUAGUCGAGGUGUGGAGGAAAGCGGUGAAUGGCAGCCGCAUUGCUGGACUCGACCUGAACCCCGACCCUCUGGAGCGCCACACCUUCUGGACGUUGGGAGUCGGGGGAGUGUUCCUCAUGCUGGCGCUGUACGGCGUCAACCAGGCCCAGGUCCAGAGGUACCUCAGCUCCCGUACGGAGAAGGGGGCUAUCAUGUCCUGCUAUGUGGUUUUCCCGUGCCAGCAGAUUGUCCUCUCUUUGGGCUGCCUGAUGGGUCUGGUCAUGUUUGCUCGCUAUGGAGAGGACAGCCCUCUGGACAAGGGCUACGUGAAAACCAACGACCAGAUGGUGCUGUACUUUGUUAUGGAUGUGUUCAGGGAUCUACCCGGUCUCCCCGGCCUGUUUGUGGCCUGUCUCUUCAGCGGAGCGCUCAGCACCAUCUCCUCAGCUUUCAACUCCUUGGCAACAGUAACUAUGGAGGACCUGAUAAAGCCUCAUUUUCCAAAUAUGACUGAAGCAAGGGCCACUCUUCUGUCCAAAGGACUGGCUUUAGCCUAUGGACUGGUGUGUCUGGCUAUGGCCUACGUAGCCUCCAUAAUGGGAUCAGUGCUGCAGGCAGCCUUCAGUAUCUUUGGGAUGGUGGGUGGCCCCCUGCUGGGACUCUUCUGCCUGGGGAUCUUCUUCCCUUGGGCCAACUCUGUUGGAGCAGUAGUCGGACUAGCAGCAGGCCUCGCCAUGGCCUUCUGGGUCGGGAUCGGAAGCUUUGUGAUGCGAAUUUCUCGCCCCCCACCAGGACCCCAGCUCAACGCCACCGCUCUGCCACUGUUCCACAACAUGACCACUACUGUCCUGAGCUCCCUGGUUACCAGCCCCACAGCCAAACCACGACCAACAGGAGUGGAAGCUCUCUACUCUCUGUCCUACAUGUGGUACAGUGCUCACAACUCAGCCACUGUGGUGGUGGUGGGUCUGCUCGUCAGCCUCAUAACAGGACCCAUGAAGGAGAGGGAUCUGACCCCGGGAACGGUGUUCCCUGUCCUCGGAACGCUGCUGUUCUUCCUGCCGGAGCGCUACAAGGAGAAGCUGUGCUGCAUCACUCCUCUGGCCCUGAAGCCCAAAGAAAUCAGCAGCCAGCCUUACCAAAUGGCCAAGAAGGACGGCAACGGGGCGGCGUGCUGCAAGGAGGACACGGCCACGGAGGACAAGGGGCUGGAGAGCGACAGAGCUCAGACAGAGGACGAGGACGAGGAUGUGGACACACUGACCACGCACACAGUCCAGGAGACAGCCUUAUGAUCCAAGAAGCACACACACACUUUGUCCUGAGCUGCUGGUGGAUCCUGUCACCCUGGUAAAAUACUGAUGUUAGAGAAACUGAUUAGAGGGCGUGGCCUGUCUGAGAGGGCGGGGCUAUUGCUGCUUCACUCAGGCUGCUAACAUGCAGCAUGAAUGCUCUAACGCACCGACUGGUGUGACCCGAUCCCAUCCGCACUUUGGCAGAAAUAAAAGAAUCAGGUAGGGAAUUGUUGCACAGUUAAAAUCCUUUAUUUUUAUAGCAAUAAUAGAGCCACAAAUUCUAGAGUAUAUGAAGAUUAUAAUUAGAGAAAAUCAGAGACUGAAGCGUAACAACAUGGCGGCUUGGUGUCCAACUCCUCUGACUCGUUUAGCUGCCUCUGAAUAUGGGUCCAUGUAAAGGAAGCUGUGCUGAUGAGAGCAGAGGGACGUCUCAUGGAUCACAGCUGGUCCUGAAGGAACCAAAGAACACUGAAGAUGAAGCACAAUAACAAUGUUGAAGCAAAACGGUCAACUCAAGGGGAAACGAAACAGAAAAGGUCCAAUAAAGAUGUUAGUGAUACGUUUUAGAGCAACUGAAAUGCAAAACAAGCUUGUCUAAAAUAACCACUGACCGCUCAGUGACAUCAUGACACUGAGCUCUAAUUCUGCUUAAAACACUUCCUGUGUUCCACAUCCUGUCAUUGUUUCAGUAGCUUUUGUUUUGUUUUAAUGAAAAUGUACCAAAUGGUAAACCAGACAUCAAAAAUAGUCCUAGUGAGAAUAACUAAAUGAACUAAUAAAAAAUGAGUUUCCUUCAUAUGGAAACUUAUCAUUAAAAUCUACAUGUCAACCUGUCAUAUGGCCCAAAUCCAGGUCAGAUGGUCCUGGAGGAAGUUGAGGUUGGAGGCGGUGCGCCACUAAUGAUCUCCCUGUGUGAAACAUUGACUGGAAACGUUUUGUCAGUAUGUAAUAAGUAAGGCAGCAUGGACACCACUUGACUUCUACAGCAGAAAUUCACCAUUAGUGUGUUGAAGAUUGUAAUAUUUUAAAAAUAACUGCAUAUUUAUAUUUCUAAUGUUAAAAAUUGCACUUUAUCCAUGUUAAGCAGCUUAUAAAAGGAUAGUUGCAUCUUCAAUUGGAAACAUCUAAAGAUAACGGAGUGUUGGUGAGUCAGUUUUCUCUUAAAUAUAACCAGAGAUCUGGAUCCUAACCUACAGUGAUGGACGUGUUGGACCACCGAAUAUUUGCUCCAGUGACUGGAGUCGAUAGAGGCCCGACCUGAAGUAGGUGGCUUGUGAAGAGUCCUGCUCCCUGGACGUGUAGGCCGCACUGGGCCUCAUCAUGCCAACACUCAGUAUUAGCAUGAGAUGUACAGCUGAUCAACGCCUCUCUCACAUGAAGGUGGUUUUCCUCUGCUCUGAACCCGACCAAGAGGGAACUGAAGAAACAUCUCUAAUACCUUAAGCUUCUGUUAAGUGCCCUUUUUCUAUCUAGUUCUUGUAAAUGUCAACGCGGAAGCUCAGUAACUUUAUUUGUCACUUUUUGGAAUCAGAAUUCUUGACCGCAUGUGGCGCUGUUCUGUGUCCAGUGUUGCUCGGCCUCCAUGUUUGUUUCUGUCAUUGCUCGGCAUCACCUGAAUGUUUUCCAAAGGGUCUACACAAAGCCCGUUUACCUCUACAGUCUGUAAGCACAGCUUAAAGUUACACAUGCUAACUUUUAUGAAAUUAGUUUUUACACACUUAUAAAAACUGUCACUAUGCUGUGACAGUAUAGUAUAAAUAUGUAAAAAAAAAAAAAAGUUUAUAAAAGUUACUGCAGCUUUAACUCGGAUGUCAUGGCAUGUGUUUUUGAUUUUGUUUUUUGCCAGUUCCUUGGUGAUGUAAGCGGUAGCAGCCAAUCAGAGAGCCGUUUGCAGUGAGCUUAUGGUUCAUGCAAAGCAGCAUGUUAGCACCGUCCUAACGCCAGAGGACCUGACCGAUGCAUAUAGAACCAGACUUAUUUCCUGAUUCUUUUUUUUUUUUAAACAGUAGAACAUAUUUUAGCUCUUAUUUUUCUACGUUUGUAAUUUUCACCUAAAGCCUGCGUGCAUUUCCUGAGCUGAAAUGUGCCGUUCUAUAUGCAAGAAAAAAAAAAAAAGCCCAUGAAAAGUUUUUGUGAAAGAAUUAAAAUGUAGCCGACCACCAGCUCAUCUUUCUGCGCUACAUUUUGAAAUUCUGCUGACGUGUUUCAGCCUUUUCAUGGUUCCCAGUUUUUAAUGACAUGUAUAUUUUUGUGAUUGUUUACCUUUUUGAAUCCUCCAUGCCUGAAAUUACUUGAAGUGUGUGUGUCUGUUGAUCUCUUUCCAGGUUAUAGUAGCCUCUUUUACAGCUAGCGUGCCAUUAUCCUGUUAAUGUUGACAUUAGAUGUGAGUUGUGAACACUAACACACUUGUAGAAGCGGAACCUCCUCCAGGUUAUUUACUACUGUUAUUAGAACUGUAGUAAAUACAGAUUCUGUAGCUUUGUGGCCUUUUCACAGUGAAACACUUAGUAAUUUCUCUACACAAUAAAUAUUGUUUGGAACAAUAUUUAUGUUUUUAUCAUCUCAUCCACAAGAAUUCUUCUUGUUCUGCAUUCCAAAAACAGAGAGGUCCUUCCUCCAUCAUCAGAACGUUUCUUUGAACUCCAUCUGGACCAAUCAGACACUUUGGAAGUGAUGCGUUGUGAUGUAACUUCCUGGCUGAAUGAAAACGUUCCUGUUCUGUUUCAUUGUGUUUAGAUGUGCGGUUCAGCAGAUUUCUAAUUAAAGUGAGACGCCAUUGAAAUGAUGAUUUGCUGUUUAAUGUGGAAAAUAAAAACAAACGUGACUGUCAUCUGUGUGUUAUGGUGCCAUCUAGUGGCACCAUAACUCUGGUCAUCACCUUUUAUUGUGAUUAAAGGUUCUGUUGAAACAAG